AUGGCUGCACGUGUGUCGCCAAUUAUUUUAUUUGCAUUGCUGUUAGCUUCUGCGUUAACAUCUUUAGACGAGUUACUGCCGUCACUUGUAUUAGUGUUAGCUUCUGCGUUGACAUCUUUAGGCGAGUUACAAACAUACGAGAGUCAGGAUCCCAAGAAAUAUUCAAAUCUUUGGGUAAAGAAAGAGUCAAAGAGGCGUAUGCGAUUGGCGGAGAUUGAGCUUCAGUCGGGUAAACGUGGAUAA